AUGCUUAGAAUUAAAGCUCCAGAAGUGCAUUGGGCCAAGUGGGUUUGGAACAAAGCUAUUCCUAAGCGGGUGUCAGUGACUAUGUGGAAAGCUUUAUUAGGGAGCCUCUGUGUCGAUUCUCGUAUUCUUAAAGUGGAAUUUUGUCUAAUUUGGACAUUCCAUUGUGAUGCGGCGGUAAAGGAAAACUCGUAUGAUCACUUGGAGGAAGCCGAUAGCGGGGAUGAGUUUGGGAAAGUUAUGGCUGGUUUUACAUCUCAAUUAGGGGAGGCUACUAAUACAGAAGCAGACUUGAGGGCUAUUAUAGAAGGUUUGAAUGUAUGCCAACAACUUGGGGCUUGUGUUGUUGAAAUUGAAUGUGAUUCUCUAAUUAUUGUUAAUUGGCUAAUAAACCGUAAGUGCACAGUCUGGUAUCCGUGGGAUUUUUGGGAAGAGCUAUUUGUUUUGAUUAAUCUUUUUGAGGUUCAUGUAAUGCAUCAAUACAGGGAAGGUAAUCAAGUGGCAGAACAUUGGCAAAAUUAG